AUGCCAAGCCCUUCAAGAUUAAACUUUGCCCCCGACAUCACACUGAAACCGGACACAAUGAAACCGUUCUGUGAAGCGGCUGUCCAAUCCGAAAUGGAGUAUCGGCAAGGAAGCGCUGCAUGCCAGAUGCCUGAAUUUCAAACCUCGGACGGAUCAGCCACCACCAGUCGAUCACCGGUCACAUUUCGAGGAACUGACAGUUUUAGCAACACGCUUAUCAAUCUCCCUAAACGAGGCCUGGUGAACUUCGAGGGAGAUCUUGCCCGCUACUGGCUCUUCAUGCGCUGUUUCGAGGCGAACGUCCUAAAAUCUACAGCUGAUUCAACAAUCAGGCUGUCCUACCUGGUCUAA